AUGGCGAAACCCAUGGAGCUACAGAAAUCAUCGCAGACGGAAGAUGAGCCGCUCAUAUCGGACAAGCUAAAAACAUGGUCACAGUUAUUGUCAAAGUUGAAGUGCCCAUUGCUCGGGAACAAAACAACAGAAAAUUGGAAAAUGGCGCUUUAUCUAGGGUCGAUCUCAGCCUUUGUGGUGUUGCUAUUCAACGUUGGUUUUAUACUCUGGGCGAUCAACCAUCAUGGACUGCAGGGUGAUCAAGCCGUCCUCUUCACUGGGGACUGCGAGAAAUCAAAACAGAUUAGUACCGGGAUUCACUUGGUGAUCAAUAUUCUAGGAACUGUUCUGUUAGGUGCGAGUAACUACGGCAUGUCCCUGUCAGUCUACGAGUACGAUGUGCUUGUGGGAAACAAGCCCUUCUCUGACUUCAAUAUAAAUAAUACGACACUCCCUAAUCAAGACCCGCAUGAUAUGGCGUUUUCAAGACUUCUAAAGAAGGGCACGAACGGGGAGCUUAAGCACUUCAACAAUCGCGAGUGUAUUACCAAAUAUGCAAAUGGGUUUCAGACGAAUUAUGCCAGCUUGCUCCUUGUUACGGAAGAUUUUAAUUCAUCUAUUAAUGAUUUCGGCAACCUCACGAACUACAACUAUAAUACACCUUUAACCGACCCCUAUCCCUGGAUAUGCGCUGCAUACAACCUUGAUAUCUCGGACCAAAGCUGCACAGGCUUUAUAUCGCAGCUGCUUGCAGACCCAGACAACUGGGUGGUAUUGGGAACGCUUCAAGGCGUAACCCUUGAGGAGGGGGCUAUGAAGAACUAUCUAGUCCACUCCACGAAUCUCAAAGUCAAGUAUUGCCUGAGCGAAAGCGUCCCGGAAAGAUGUACUGUUGAGUACAGCCUUCCGUUGGUUAUUGUGGUCAUUAUUUCGAACAUCAUCAAAAUCGUCAUCCUAUGUUGGAUUACCAUCACUAUGGUUGAGACUCCCAUUUUGACCACAGGGGAUGCCAUUGCCUCCUUUAUCAAAGUACCCGAUAAUACCACAAGAGGACAAUGUCUACUUUCGCGUGAUGUGGUGAUCAAACCAGUCAACAAGGACCUACGAUUUGAUGCAAAGCCAAGACGAUGGGGAUCACCCGUAUCUACUCGCCGAUGGGUAAUUUGUCUGGUAUCGUAUGUGAAGCCGCUAUAA